AUGGGUAUCGACAUCAACCAUAAACACGACAGGAAAGUUAGGCGUACUGAAGUGAAGUCUCAGGAUGUGUACCUGAGAUUGUUAGUUAAAUUGUACAGGUACUUGGCCAGGCGUACAAAUGCCAAGUUCAACCAGAUUAUCCUACGCAGGCUAUUCAUGAGCCGCAUUAACAGGCCACCACUAUCCCUGUCACGCUUGGCCCGGCACAUGAAGAAACCUACACGCGAGGGUAUGAUCGCCGUUGUUGUCGGCUCCAUUACAAACGACGUGAGGCUCUACACAGUACCCAAGAUGACAGUUGCUGCUCUCCACGUCACUGAGAAGGCCCGUGCUCGUAUCUUGGCUGCUGGAGGUGAGAUCUUAACAUUUGACCAACUGGCUCUGCGCGCCCCCACCGGCGCUAAGACUGUGCUCCUGCAAGGUCAGCGCAACGCUCGUGAAGCAGUGCGUCACUUCGGCCCGGCUCCUGGAGCUCCUCGUUCACACACGAAGCCUUAUGUCAGGUCCAAGGGACACGAACGUGCGCGACCGAGCCGUCGCUCAAACGUGUAA